GAAAUCAUUGCGGUAGAAUUAGCUUAGGUUGAGUUUCGGCAAAGCUUGGAUGUAUGACAUCAAUGUAGUACUCUAUCUAAUUAGUCUUCUCACAAUGGCUUCACAUAUACAAUCAUGCUGUCCGAUGAUCCACAGGGCCUCCUCGCCAGAGCAUUAGACAAGGGAUGCCGGUUUAUUGUCAUGCAAGCCUCGUCGUACAACGUGCUGCUUUACCGCACGCGCCUCGCUUCUGUACUCCUUCACGCCUUCGAACUGCAAACCCAACAUAUCCAAGUCCUCGAAAACACAAUCGCCUUCAUCACCGAUAUCAGAUCUCUCGGCACAGCCUUAUCCAAAAGCUCCUUUGACAACCGCAUUGCAACCUACAACUUCAUCCUCGACCAAUGGCUCAGCCUCGUAGCUAUUUACCUUGCCUUCAGCACCGCCGCAAAUUUCCAUAGCACGUAA